AUCAGUGUAAAAGCUACCAAUGAUGCAGGAAGUAAUUUAUCUCAUCCCCAUUAUGUGGACGUAAAAGAAAUGGUUAGGCCAACCCCGCCCAUGAAUCUCUCUUUGGAAGUCAAAAUGGUAAAUGGAAUAAUGUAUGUGUGGACAAAGUGGUCAGCACCUCCACGGAUCAGUGAUUCAGCACUAUGUAAUUAUGAAUUGCGACUGAAGUCUGCAGAAGGAAAAGAAUGGAAGGAUUACUUUGUGGGACAGCAGUUGCAAUAUAAAAUAUCUCACUUGCAUCCAGGAAUGAAAUAUACUGCUCAGGUUCGCUGUGUAACAGAUCGUGGUGAAAGGAGCUUGUGGAGCCCAGAAAGAUACAUCCACUUCCAUAAUGGCCAGCCUCCAGGGAAGCCAAUCUUCACAGGAUGUCGGUCUCCCGAAAAAGAAACCUUUACUUGCUGGUGGAAGCCAAGCUCUGAAGGAAGUCUCCCAAGAAAUUAUACACUGCUCUACAAGAGAGAAAGAGAUAAAAAAUACUACGAAUGCCCGGACUACACAACAGCGGGGCCCAACUCCUGUUACUUUAAUAAAAAGCACACAUCGCUGUGGACUACCUAUAAUUUUACUUUAAACGCGAUGAAUGAGAUGGGGAGUAGUGUGGCAGACCCUUAUUACGUGGAUGUAGCAAAUAUAGUUCAGCCAGAUCCUCCAGAAAAUCUUUCCCUAGAAUUUGAGAAAAAAGUAUAUGGACAAUAUGUGUUGAUGACUUGGAAUCCGCCUUCUCUGGGUGAUGUCAAAUCUGGCUGGCUAACUCUGGAGUAUGAAUUACACAUAAAGCCUGAAGAAGGACAAGAGUGGGAAAAAAUAUUUGUUGGGCAAAGGACGUCUUAUAAGAUGUUCAGUGUGAAUCCAGGAGAAAGAUAUGUUGCCCAGGUUCGAUGCAGGUCAGAUCAUGGUAUCUGGAGCAACUGGAGCCCUAAAAGUUAUAUUAAACUCCAAAAAGAUAUCAGCCUAAAGGAUAUAGUUGUUUGGAUCGUUGUGGUUUUUUUAUCAAUUGCCGCUUGUUUGAUCUUGAUCUGGAUACUGGCUUUGAAAAAAACCAAGAUGAUAGCUCGCCUUCUACCACCAAUUCCAGGUCCAAAAAUAAAAGGCUUGGAUGCUCAACUGUUACAGGCAGGAAAAACUGAAGAAUUGCUGAGUGCUCUUGAUUGUCAGGGUUUUCCUCCAACUUUAGACUCUGAUGAUCUGCUCAUAGAAUUUUUGGAGAUAGAUGACAGCGAAGAUCAGCAGCUAGUGCCAAACCAUGGAAAAACUCACCCCAAUAAACAUGUAAAGCCAGCACACCAGGAAAUAGACUACGAUUCAGGAAGAGGAAGCUGUGAGAGUCCAUCUCUAGUGCAAGAGAAAUAUAAGGAAGUCAGAAAACUGCCCCCUGCAGCAGAGGUACCGGAUUCUGAUGAGGUUCAAAGGAACGGUGAUAGAAAAAAACUCUCAGAA